AUGUUUGUUUACAUUGUGGCUAACUUCGUUUUCUUUCGCCCAGAUACUAAUUUAAAAAUUACACAAUAUAUUACGUUUAAUGUUUGUUUACACAAUAUAUUUUCUAUAAUUUGUCGGAUUUGAAGCUUUUUUUUUUUCUAUCGAAAUCGCGUUUACUCAAAAAAAAAUCAAAUUAUGUCGGAAGCACGGGCGAAAAAAGAUGUCGAUGAUGUCGCCAUCGGAAAAAAAUUAUCUCGACUGAAUGGAGAAGUGAACGAUUUGACGAAGGAUAAGCUAGUUGAACAGUUAAAAGUUCUACAUUUAAACACCAAAGGUGUUAAAAGUGUCCUUAAAAGAAGAUUGAAAUCCUACCACAAGAGAAAAUUGCUAGCAAGUUUGAAUGGAAAUAUAAAUUUAAAAUUUAAUCCAGGCCAGGCCUUAUAUGAUUAUUUUCUAGUCAUUGAUUUUGAAGCUACCUGUGAUGAUAACGUAACCUGUUAUAAGCACGAAAUUAUCGAGUUUCCUGCCGUCUUAGUGAAUAUUUCUGAACAAAAAAUUGUUGACGAAUUUCAUUCGUAUGUGAAGCCCGUGAUAAACAAAAAACUAACUCCAUUCUGCACAGAGCUAACUGGCAUAACGCAGGAUACAGUAGACAAAGCCCCCGUUUUUGUAGAAGUUUUGAACAGCUUUGAAGAUUGGCUUAGGAAACGUAGCCUUGGUUCCAAAGAUAAUAAAUUUGCAGUGGUCACUGAUGGGCCGUGGGACAUGAGCAGAUUCAUGUACCAGCAAUGUAUGCACAGUAGGAUCCAGCUGCCACAAUGGACUCGCAAGUGGGUAAACAUUAGGAAAUCAUUUUGUAAUGCCUAUGAGCAGCCGAAGGCUUCGAUCAACAUCAUGCUCGAAAGUUUUUCAAUACCCUUCGAAGGCAGGCAACAUUCUGGCAUCUGCGACUCGAGGAACAUUGCAAAUAUUUUAAUACAAAUGAUUAAAGAUGGAUGUUACCUCUAUGAAAAUGAAAGAAUGUUCAGCAGAAAGAUUGAUUCAACGAACAAUCUAACAUAUAAAAGAAAGGGCUUUGAUCAAAAAUUCGUGUCUCUUUCCAGAAAAGAAUUGCUGGAAUGCAAAGAUGGGGAAGUGAUGAGGAAGAUGAGGAUGAUAAUUUUUAUGAUGAGGAGGAGGGGGAAGAAAAAGUUUUGGAGUGCGGUGACGUCAUACAUCAGAAUGGCGUCAGACAUAAUCAACCUGAUGAUGCUAACAAAGAGAAUUUCGGCAGAAACACUCGACGUGAGAGUAAUACAAGAGAUCACAAACAUAUAAACGAAUCAAACUCAGAUGACGGUUGCUCUGAUUUAUUACGUUUUUUAUCUCUUUGAAAAUGAUUUUUGAAUUUUAUUAAUGAUAAUUAUUUACACAUCAAUUUUUUUUUUAAUAUUUUCUUGUGUAAAGUUAUUUUACAUUUUAUUUGGCGAAAAAAAUGAUUAGCCUAACUGGUAAUAAAGUAAACGAAUGCUAAA